AUGAGUGCGAGUGGGGCGUCUUCGAGUGGGUUGAAGUUGAAUCAGCGGCUUAAAGUUAUAAGUGAUGUGGACCAAAAGAUCACUGAACUGGUAAAACAUGCGCAAGCAUGCAUUCUUGAGUUGAGCAGGGAAAAACAGAUAAGCAAGACGAAAAUGGAAGAACAUUCAUCAGCUUUCAAAAAAUGCUUGAAUUCAAUUGAAGCUGACUUGAGCGGGCAAAUGCAGUAUUUAAGUCAUGUUUGUGUUGGUACCGCUCAUCAAGGCACGACAUUUGCCAGCCAACAGCGGACAAUGCUCGCAGAACGAUCUUUUGAUUCUUUAAGGGAUCACCUGGAAGCAAUAAACAACACUCACCUCUCGCAAACUAAUGAUGUGCAGAUGGAGUAG